UUGCACCAUGUUGAAGAUCCCUUGCAAGCCUUUCCUCUGUGGUUUGCAUAAUUGUUUAAUAAACCGCUCUCUCCGGGACUUGAAACCUGGAUUUUCUGUAAUCUACAAUAAAUUGCAUAGUCUGGGAUUCGAACCCCAGACCUGGAUGUAGAAGUCUUUAAACCUUAACCAAUAGGCUACGGUGCUUCCACUAUUAAUACAUUUACCUAGAAUGUAAAACAAAUGAUCUACUAGUCAACUAAACUUAAAAGCAUAAAAAUUAGACUACUAAUAUAAAAAGAAACAUGUUUUCACGCCGCGAAACACACAAGUGAUGAAAAGUGAAGUGGGCUAUAAACUUGCUUUCCAAGGAAGACAAUACGACGAAAAAAACUCAAAGAAACUUUGAGAGAGACAGAGUUAAUCAGCUCUAACUCGAAGUUAGAGAGACGUUGACUUCUCAUAAUAACAAACAACUGCCUUGCGACUCACGUGAGGGCUUCAAGAACAAAAGAUCAAGAUCUCACUCUCUCUCUAUAUAAAUCUCCAUCUCUCUUUCUGUGAUUCUUUCGCUGUCAUCACUUCUCGCUUCACCUCUCUCGUCUCUUUGACCCCUUCGUCACCGUUCCCGCCGCAAGUAAACCGAGACACACACCGUCGUCUUUCUCAAUGGAAAUCGAACAAACCGUUACAACUCCCGCCGCCACACAACAACCACAACAAGACGUCGUGACAUCUCCCGCCGCCGCACAACAACAAACCCUAACCGGAAGAUUCUUCAGAUGCCUUUUCACGUCUAUUUUCUACUCGCAACUCAUCCUAAUCUCAGCCCUAGUCAUCUUCCUCACGCUAAGAGGCCUACUCUUCACAAAAUCACCUAACUUCCACCCCAAGAAAUGGUACACCCCUCUCCUUUCCUCCGUCGCUCUCUCCGGACUCCUCUCUUUAUCCUGGCAAUGCCUCUUCCUCUGCAACAUAGCAUCAACAUCCAAAGCCACGAUCAUUCUCGCACCUCUACUCACAUUCUCCGUCGGGAUCUUCCUUGUACUCUACGGCAAAACGUUUGUUCCAGGGAUCGGCGGGCUACUCAUCCUCUUUAGCUUCGCUCAGGCAAUCCAUUCCUGGCUCUUCGUCACUCGUAGGAGGCGCGAGUUCACCUUCACGAUAACGGCACUCUCCACAUCCGUUCUACCUCCAAGAACCAGACUAAUAGCCGUCGUGUCGUCGAUCUUAAGCGUCCUUUACUCUGCCUUCUUGGCGGCGGGAAUCGGUGGAGCUACGGCUACAAGAAGAGGUCUAGUAGACAUUCUCUUCAUCUCUUUGAUCGUGAUAAGCCUUGCCUGGACCAUGCAGGUUCUCAAGAACGUGCAAGUAGUCGCCGUUUCGAAAGCUGCGUACGUACACUUUGCUAAUUAUGACGUCAUAAACGCAUGUGAUGCUCUUUGUGGUACUCUGAGAAGCCAGCUCGGGAGCGUUUGUAUUGGCUCUACGCUCGUUCCGGUUUUUGUAGUCAUCAGGGGAAUGAUACGAACUGUUAAUAGGGAGGCAACGGCAGCGACCGGACCAUGUACGCAGGUCAUGGGGUAUGGGGACUGCGCUUGGGUUGCUAAUCAUAUGGUCUUAGUCGGAAACAGAUACGGGUUUGUUCAUGUUGGAGUUCACAACAAAGGCUUUGUGCAAGCGUCGAGAGAUGCAUGGCAAGAGUUUAGAAGAACGGUUGGGUUGGAGGAGCUCGUGGAUGCUGACCUCACUAGCUCCAUAUGCUUCCUCAGCGCCUUUGGUAUAGGGGCGAUAUCUGCGUUGACUGCUGGUAUAUGGGAGCUUAAUAUCCAUGAGGACUACUUCUUUCAGAUGACUCUCUAUGCAUUCAUCAUCGGAUACUUUUUGGGGAGAGUUUCGUCUGCUUGGUUGCAAGCAUGUGUUAUGGCUUACUUUGUAGCUUAUGCUGCCAAUCCAGAAGGAGCUAACUUUGACAACACGAUUCCAGAACGUAUUGCGCGGCAAAAUGUAGAAGAGAAUAAAAGUUUAGCUGAUAAUGAAGUGAGACAGACGGAGGAGGAACAGGAGAUAACAUACCACUUUUGUUUACUUUUCGAUUUCUUGAAGCUCUUUCAACCUUAUAGACUUUGUAGAUUGGAUAUUGUUUAGCCUCACAUGCAAAAAUGCAGCUAGAGAAGGAAUGUACAUACAAAAAGUAAGACAAAAAUUGAUUCAGUUCUCAUCAUUUUCCUAUUAAUUUUUUUUUUUCGGUUUCCAUUGUCUUUAUAAUGUUGUGUCUGUAUCUAAAUGCGUAACCUAUGUAUAAAUGUUGCCUGAAAAAUCACACGCUCAAAAAAAACUUGAGUUAUGCAUCAUCAUCAUCAUCAUCAUCACGACAAAAAAAUCUGUGAACAAAUACAUUUUACCAUUUCAAAAACGCUUACGUUCUGAUAUGCAGUUCCAUGAUUUUGUAGGUGUGAAAGUAAAUCAUAUAAAUGCUAAUGGUACUACUCGAAAUCAUCAUCAAAAGUGUCCUGAGAAUCUGAGAAUUCAAAGUGCUUGGCCCGCUUCCAUUCAAGGCCAGGUGUAUCAACUUUACACUCUUCAUUUUGUAAUUCCUUCUUGAAUUCAGUAACUAAUAAGCCCAAUAUCUUUUCUCUUCUGGCCCAUAGCUUGUGAGGUCCGGCUCUGCAUUCUAAGUUGAUCUUCUCUCCAUGUAAGAUUUCAUUAUCUGCAAUAUCUAACUUUAUUUACAAAAAUUAAGAAAAUAGUAUAUGGGUCUUUCCAUCGAAUGGGACGUACGUGUUGGUUCUUGUGUUAAUGCAAUCGCAUUUACUCACUUAGACAACUUAUAGCUCUCAAGCAAUGAAUAAAUCACACAAUUAAAGAAUCAAUGUAAAGCAAAAAUAAGAGACGCGUUUGAAGACCGCGUUGCUCUCAAGACUUGAAUACUUUCACCGGUCACGGUUCACACUGACAAGUCCCAUCGACUUGCUAGUUGAUAUGUAUAUAUUUAUCUUCGAUUUUAAUUGGAAACAAACAUUAUCUUAUUUAAAGUAGAAAAAAAAAUCUUUUACUAAAUUGGAAAUCCUCAUCUCUCCACCCCGGCUUGCGUUCUCAUUUUGUAAAGUAAAAGUCAACUUCAUGACACAAUUAUCUUCAUUUGACUAUUAAUUCAUUUGUUUACUUUAUCUCAGUAAUAAGAUUGUAUUAAUUCCUUUUUAACUUUAUUCUCAAGUUUUCUGUUUGGGCUUAUUUGUCAAAUAACCACAAAAAAGAGUAAUUAGAUUUUUAGUAAGAAGUUAGAGAGAGAUAUAAAGAAAAAUAAAGAGAGAAGGUGUUUUUGGUUAGAUAGUGGAUUUGUGUUUUUUUUUAUGGUUAUACGGUACAAAUUCCUUUUUUGUUUUCUGCGUUCAUUCUGUUUUUUUUUUGCAUGCUUUGCCUUUUUAUUUUAUUUUAAGUUACUGGUUUAUGAUUUCAAAAGAGUUGAUAAUAUUUUUAUUUAAACAGUUUAAUAUUAAAUUUUAAAAUAUUUUCUAUUUUAAAAUAU